CCCACUCUCACUUGCAUUGCAACCUUAACAUACAACAUUCACACAAAAGUGUUCAUUGCUCGCUAGCUACCUAGCUAAAACAUGGAACCUGUCAAGUUCAUUCUCAACAAUGCCAAAUACUCCUCCAUCUUCUUAGCUAUCUUUGUGCUCUUAGCUUCAGCAAAUGCCAAAGUUCACGAGCAUGAGUUUGUUGUUGAAGCAACUCCAGUGAAGAGGCUGUGCAAAACCCACAACACUAUCACCGUGAAUGGGCAAUACCCGGGCCCAACGUUGGAGAUUAACAAUGGAGACACUUUGGUCGUCAAAGUCACUAACAAAGCUCGUUACAAUCUGACCAUUCAUUGGCACGGUGUUAGGCAAAUGAGAACAGGAUGGGCUGAUGGACCAGAAUUUGUGACUCAAUGCCCUAUUCGUCCUGGAGGAAGUUACACCUACCGUUUCACCGUCCAAGGACAAGAAGGCACACUUUGGUGGCACGCUCAUAGUUCAUGGUUAAGGGCCACAGUUUAUGGUGCCCUAAUCAUUCGUCCUAGGGAAGGAGAACCCUACCCUUUCCCCAAGCCAAAGCACGAGACACCCAUUCUUCUUGGGGAAUGGUGGGACGCAAACCCUAUCGAUGUUGUGAGGCAGGCCACACGAACAGGGGGAGCUCCAAACGUGUCUGAUGCAUACACCAUCAAUGGUCAACCUGGUGAUCUUUACAAGUGCUCUAGCAAAGACACGACCAUCGUGCCAAUAUACGCCGGCGAAACGAACCUCCUCCGUGUGAUAAACGCUGCACUGAACCAACCCCUCUUCUUCACGGUGGCAAACCACAAACUCACAGUGGUUGGCGCCGACGCCUCCUACCUGAAACCCUUCACCACCAAAGUCCUCAUGCUGGGCCCCGGCCAAACCACCGACGUCCUCCUCACCGCCGACCAGCCCCCCUCCCGCUACUACAUCGCCGCCCGCGCCUACCAGUCGGCCCAAAACGCCGCCUUCGACAACACCACCACGACCGCCAUCCUCCACUACAACCGCCACCCUCGCCCUCACCACCACCACCACACCACCAAAACGAAACCCCUCAUGCCCCCUCUCCCCGCAUUCAACGACACCAACACCGUCACAGCCUUCAGCAAAAGGUUCCGAAGCCCUAGAAGAGUCGAAGUCCCCGCCGAAGUGGACGAAAGCCUCUUCUUCACGGUGGGCCUGGGCCUGAACAAGUGCCCCAAAAGCUUCAACAAAAGCCAACGGUGCCAGGGGCCCAACGGAACCCGAUUCACGGCCAGCAUCAACAACGUCUCCUUCGUGCUCCCCAACAACGUCUCCAUCUUGCAGGCGCACUACGAAGCCAUCCCCGGCGUCUUCACCACCGACUUUCCCGCGAGGCCGCCGGUGAAGUUCGACUACACCGGAAACGUGAGCCGGUCGCUGUGGCAACCUCUUCCCGGGACGAAGGCGCAUAAGCUGAAGUUUGGGUCGAGGGUGGAGAUUGUGCUGCAGGAUACUAGCAUUGUCACUCCUGAGAACCACCCCAUUCAUCUUCAUGGCUAUGAUUUCUACAUCGUUGCCGAAGGGUUCGGGAAUUUUGACGCUAAGAAAGAUACCAAGAAAUUCAACCUUGUUGAUCCACCUUUGAGGAACACUGUGGCUGUGCCUGUAAAUGGAUGGGCAGUUAUUCGAUUUGUCGCUGAUAACCCGGGUGCCUGGCUUUUGCAUUGUCACUUGGACGUUCACAUUGGCUGGGGUUUGGCCACGGUAUUGUUGGUUGAGAACGGAGUUGGGAAAUUGCAAUCCAUAGAGCCCCCUCCUCUGGAUCUUCCUCUUUGUUAGGAUCAUUUCAAACUAAUCAUGCCUUCAAUAUUUUUUUCCCUAGUUUCGAAAUCCUGUAUUUCGGGAGUUUUUUCAAUUUUGUUUUGUUGCAGUUGUGCUUUUUAAGUACAGAUAAAUUGGGUUGGGAACUUAGGAGA